AUGGCGCAGGCUGCUCGACUGGACAUCAUGAGCAUCGCCGCACUUGUGGCAUUCGCACUGACGUUGGGCGCCAGGACGACGUUUUGUGAAGGCAUUUCGUGCGGUCCCGGAUGGGAGGCGUUCAGCUCCAGCUGCUACAAGAAGAUGGUGGACCCCAACGGUUGGCUGGGGGCUCGUUUCCACUGCGUCCUGGAGGGCGGUGACCUGGUCUCCUUCAACUCCUCAGCCGAGGAAGACUUUGUGAAGGGCAAAAUGGGGGCCCGCUCGUUCUGGAUAGGACUCUCCAACCUGGAAUGCAACCACAAGUUGUGUCCUCAAGUGUCAGGCAAGGAGCUGAAAUGGUCCGACAACACGCUGCUGAACCACAGCAACUGGGCAACCGUUAAAGUCGCAAGCACCAAUUUGGAGUCCUGCGCGUACGUCCUCCCAAACGCUCAUAAGGAUUACCACCCUGGCAAGUGGAGAAAGGUCUCGUGCGAGUCCUCCCUGGCGUACAUGUGCAAACGCUCCCCCGACGGCUGCCAGGAGGGACAACCGUGCAACAAGACCGCCGGUUUGGCGCUCACUCCGGUGCAAACUUCUGCCUGUGACCCUGGCGACUUCCUCCGCGGCCAUUUCUGCUAUCGCUUUGAGAACACUAAGAAAACUUGGCAGGGGGCCGAGGAUGACUGCGUCCUAUGGGGAGGUCACCUGGCAAGUGUCCACUCACGGGAAGACGGCGAUUGGUUGAUCGCUCACAUGGAAGACAACUUUCAUGUGGGACUGAAGAAGAACAUCAAGAUGUUUGAGUGGCGUGACAAAACAGCUAUGGACCCAGCUCUGUGGUACCCGGGAUAUCCAUCCUCAGAUGAUUGUGGGAGAGUGUCACGGACUGGACAGGUCUACAACCACCAAUGCAAUUCCCUAAUCGUGUUCACCUGUCAAAAAGGUGUGGACGUCACGCACCGUCACCACCAGGCACAUUUAGUUUGUGCUCAUUUGCGCUCCUUCUCGCACCCUUGUAGCCCGGCGCAUUCGACCUCAGCAGCUCCCAGGCUGGAGUGACAAAUGCGGCUGGGAGUGGCUGGACAACCCCGCCAACGACUUCUGCUACCUGAUGCGAGGAAGCGGCCGCAAAACCUGGAAAGAGGCGCGCGACGACUGCAAGCUCUACGGAGCUGACCUGCUCGCCAUCACCGACUCCCAUGAGCAGGCUUU